AUGGCGAGUUCCAGUAAUUCGAGGAAGAGAAAUCUUACAGGAAAAUUACUUGAACAAUCACUUGAACAGUGGUUAGAAGAAGAUAAUGAGCACGAGUUUAGUGAUGUAGACGACGAAGUAUUUGGUCAAAAUUUUACAAUUGAAGAAGAAGAACUUGUUGAGAGUGAGAUUUCAGAAGUCGAAGAAAUAGAAAUUGAAACAUCGAGUGAAGGGACAAAUCGUUCUACUAAUACACCUGACUCGAACCGCAAUUGUUAUCGAGAUGUAACUCGACUGCUGAAGGAUAUAGUUCUGUUGCAACAGGAGGUUAAGAUCAUCAAGGAUAAUUAUGUAACCAAGACGCACCUAGAAGAGCUAAAGAAAGAUAAAUCUUUCUUAAAAACAUCCACAUCACCAGCUCAUCAUCAUAAGGUAGGUAGAAGGUGCAGUGCAUUCUUGUUGGAUGUGGGUACUACGUUCGGCGACAGUGGGCCGAUGGGCUUGUCGCACGAGUUAUCAACAGCUGAUGUACCGUUACAAACAACUGACGUACAGACAGAGACGGAAAAGAUAGCUAUCGCACAAGUAGCUAGUCGUGCUCGUGAUAGUGUCGAUGCACUCGCACCUGUGUCAGAUAUGCAUAAGGCUGACCUCUUUACAUCUGGAGGCGUGACUGCUUAUAACGGUGCGGAUGGGCGGCAAUCAUUCAGCGCAGGAGGCGCUAAAACAACUCAAUUCCAAUGCAGAACUCACCGAGUAAAAGCAGGAUGA